CCCAGGACCUGUUGCUGUUUGUGUACUCCAUGUCCCAAAUCCAUGCAGCAUCCCCCCAUGCAUGCAGAGCCCCCCAGUCAGUGCCAGGUUACCGGGUACAAGUACAGCACGGCCCCCACUAGGAUCAGGAGGAAAGUGAUGGCGAAUAUGGCGAAGUCCAGCAUCCCAGCCCUGUACACGGUGGCCCAGCUGCAGGCCGCAUAUACCAGAAAGCCACUCUCCUAGCUCGGCCAUCGACUCCAGACCCUGCCAGACUCGCUCAAUCGAUGCCAGAACCCGGAAACGUCCUGGAGUUUCCAGCUGAGUGACACGUGUUUUGUUUGGGAGGGGAGGGGGGGUACCGAUAGAACCACAUCUGGAAACUUAAAACUGGGCUAAAAAGCAGGAAAUAUGAUGGUGUGGCGAUAGGAGAGCAGUAAAGAUGCAAUGCACUCACACCCAUUCCUUUUGCUGAGUACUAUAUUCGCAUGCAGCACAGAUAUACUUUGCCAGUCACCAAAUUCUUCGGGUAUUUAUGAGAUUUCAUAUAUUUGGAAUUGAUAGUUUGAUCACUUGUGUUCCCAUGUUAUCAAAGUGUCGGUUUAUUCUGAAGUGUUCUACAAUAGGUUUGCAAACAAGUAGUUAAAGGGACCCUAUAGGCGCCCUGACCACUGCAGCUUAUUGAAGUGAUCUGGGUGCACUGUCCCUCUCCCCCCUCUUUGCAAUGUUUACAUUACAGCACUAAGACAGCCUCCAGUCGCUGUCUACCAGACAGUCACUAAAGGCGCUUCUGGGAUAUUACUUGACUUUAAGGUCUGCAUGAGGACAUCCAGCAUCAGAGAAAUCUCAAUAGGAAAGCAUUGAUUCAAUGCUUUCCAAAGGGGAGAGCCUAAUGCUCUAGCUGAGCAUUCGCAUUAGGCCUCCCCCCCCCCCUGUCGAUAAAGUCCUACUUGUUUCAAAGAAAUAUUAUAAUGUUAGGAAUAGUGUAUAGUAUUCCUUUAAAACAAGUAGGACAAACUGGAACAUGGACAUGGUUUUUCACCAAAUUUUCAAUUGUUACAAACUAAAAUGUGAAUGGCAAAAAGUAGGCAAGCAGUGCCUAUAACUGAGAUGGCGAAUUUCAGCACCACCAUAGGUAUUUGCCUAAGGGGGUCGUUCGUUAAAUACAAAAUUAUAGAGACUUAAAGAUUAGUUAAAUUUAAUAUAAAACAAUGUGUCUUAUUAACAAAGACUGAUUUCUAAACACAUUUAUGGUAGUGUAAAUAAACUGUGAUUAUUAUUAUUAUUGCUCUGGGGCUCAGUUAUACACUCAGACACACCAACAAUAUGAAGCUCCUGGGGAAAAAAAGACAUUAGGAUAGAAAAGAAGGACAGAGCGACUUGAGCCCUAAAUAUGGACACUUGGCAAGUCAGUGAUUUAAAUGAGUCAUGGUUUCUACAGUGCAUGUGCAGAGUUUCACCUCUGGUUAAGCUGGUUAAUAUCAGUUCUGUGCAAAUUUUCAUACACCAUGUGCUAUUCAUUGGCUGAUAGUGACUGCAGCCCAGAAGCCGGAAGAACGUCAUUAAGCAGGAGAGGAGCCUCGAAGACUGGCAGGUAAGAGGGCAAACUGUUACAAAAUGGUUUGCCCAUUACUCUGGAACCAGCCCAGUGUACUCAUAGCAUUAUAACAACUACCGCGAUCUCGAGUGGUUAUGAUUCUUGUAGUUACCCUUUAAUACCAACCUUUAUUGUCUUACUGCAGCCAUACUAUGAAUAAGUACAUAAAACAAACCUCUUCUUCAGUUCUCUGUGAUCUUCAUAUAACAUUAGUUAGAGAACCACUAAAGACACCCAGACCACUUUAUCUCAAUGAAAUGGUCUGGGUGCACUGGCCUUGUAGUUUUAACCAUGCAAUAUAAGACAUUUCAGUUCUAUAGACAUGGCACAGUUUAUAUUACAGGGUUAACACUCCUCAAGUGGCUGUUUUCUAGACAGCCAUUAGAGGCGCUUCUGUGUUGAGAACUGUGACGAACUGAACCUUGUCACGGGUGCUUGGAGGGGCCUGCUGGCCAGCCUCUUGCCAAAAGACUACGGGCCAAAUCAACGACUGUAAAGACCCAUAUUUUAUUCCCCCUGGUUCGGCACUUUCCAUAGAACCGAACGCUAGCUCCCUGGUGGCCGUUCGCAUGGACCAAAACCGCAAAUAGACUAUAGGGGAACUUAGCCGCGAAUGCCCGGGAACUAUUUUCGGCAUGAAGACUUUGCGGUUCACGGUCGGUCCUCCAGCAGCACUUAGCCGCAAUUCUAUGGAUUCGUUUUGGGCAUGUGACCAUGCAUGCAGUCGGUAAAAACUAUGACUUCCAGGAAAUUCCUGAACCCCUAAACUGAUCUGGGUGAUUUUUGGAUAUGUUGGUCACCCAGAUCAGGGCUAUCAGGGGAUGUAACUUUUGUGGGGGUUUUGUAAAAAUGUGUGUUUUUUGUGUUUGGAGAUAAUUGAGUUUUGUAUAGUGCUUGACUCAUUUAUCUCCUAAGUAAAGGGGAAGGCUUAUUGUAUUGUAUAUGGGAGUGUCAUGCAUUGUAACACUGUUAUUAUUGGUCUGUGACUUUGUAAAGGCGUUCCCCACAAGGUCCAUGUGGGAGUGCCCCUUGCAUGGGGAUUGUCAUAAAAGGCCAAGUGUGGCACCAUUAAAAUCAGUUCCUCUUCACCCUCAACAUAGAGCCUAGUCUCAUGUGUGGAGGGGACAGCUAUAUUCACUCUGGGGAUUGCUAUAUUCAUUAUACUCCCUUGGAUUAUUAUCACUAGCUCUUAUAAGAGCUGUUCCUGCUAUACUCUCUGGAGUAGGAGAGGUUCAUCCACUGGAAGCUGGAUCCUGGUCUUGGGUCCAGGGUGAGUGGAGGACAGCGAGACCCCAAUCAAUCUGCGGUGGUUCAUGGGGUCUACAGUGGUUAUGGUGUCUGGUGGAGUGCUUGGAGUCCUCGGUGAGCACUAGGAGCAUCGACUGGCGGAGGCACCCGGUAGGGGUGCCAGGCGGUCUGUCACAAGAACCAAGUCAAAUUCUGUUCUCAAUAGAAUGUUUCAAGAUCGGCUACAUUGGCCUCAUAUAUGAAAACCAAUUUCAAAUUUCAGGCAAUUUUUUUAAUUAGUCAAUAAUCCUGAUCGAUAUAGGGACUCUGUACACUGAAUCAUCUGUUUUCUUUUUCGAAUGUGUUUUAUAGACAGAAAAUUAAAACAUGCUCUGGGGUAAAAGAUUCAUCAGCAUUUCAUAAAUGAAAAAUACUGCCAAGAAGGAGGUAAUAAUGUAGUAAGGUAGGAUGAGACAAACAGAGACUGGAAAAUGACAUAAGCAAUGUCACCAAACUAUGGUGGAUCAAAAAAAUAGUUUGUGAAUUAAAGAUAUUUCAUGAUUUUAUGGAAUGAUAUUAUCAGGGUUAAUAACUUAAGUGAGAAUUCAAAGAGAAUGCCAGAGUAGCCAAACUGAAACCAUAGGUGACUUUGAGGAUUUUUCCAUUUUGACAACUGGACCUUAAAGGGAAGUCUGCUCCAGUUCCAGCUGUAAGUCUACCCCUCUAGACGGCUUCCGUAAUCCUGUCGUAGUUUUUGGUCCGUUAUCUGACGCUGGACGUCCUUAUGUAAGCACUCACCUCUAAAAAUCAUUUGGGGGGGUUAUACAGGAGCAUGUGCUUCCCUGCUAGAUGCUUCUCAUUUAUCAGAGAAGCACUUAAAAAAAAAAAAAAGAAUGAAUGCAAACAUUUACAUUGUAUUAUUCUUUGAUUUAAAACUUUACUGUUUUUUUUUUUUUGCAGCAUGUGACAUUUUACCUCUUGCAGUACUUAGAUCUUUCUUAUCCUACCCAUCCAGAUAAUUGCGAAAUAAACUUUGCUCUAUAAUUGCAAAGGGCAGAGAUAUAAUAUUUGCCGAUCUCAGCUGUUGUGUGUGUGUGGAAUGAGUCACUAAGUCACUCAGUCUCUGACUCUUCCUGUUUUCUCAACAGCUUUAAACCGAAGAACACUAUUGUCUCAAACUCUCCAUCAACGAUGACCACCAAACGGCGACUCCUGCUCAUUUCUAACUCUACGCUACAUGGAGGAGGUUAUCUGGAGCAUUGCCAGGAACACAUAGUAAAGUUUUUAGGAAAGUAAGUAAAUCGUUUUUGAGUGUGUGUGUCUUAAAUGAUAAUUGUAUACUUAAUUAAUUUUUGCUAUUAAUAAAAUGACUUUGUGUGGACUAUAUAUUUUGUCCUGUUACUUCCUGGUUUGUUUAGCUCAGUGGAGCGAAACUCAAGAGGCAGCAAUUGCCCAGAGCACCUACCUUGCAAAGACUCACAUUAAGCUGAAUUAGGAAGUCUGUGAUUGGGCAGCCACAGAAAGUCUAGGCUGGGGAAGAAGGGUAGGACUGCAGCAAUUGCAAUUCAAAAUGUUUUGCAAAAUAACCUGAAUGCAUAUUUUCUUGUGGGGUAUAUCGACAAAAUUUUUUAAACAUUUUUUUGAAUGGAAUGACCCUUGUAAGCCCUGCGGAGCGAACACAUAAGAUUGUGUUUGCCUUUAUCUGUGUGCAAUUUGAAAACUCUACAACGCAUUGAUUUCAAAAUGAUCCGAUAAAUGGAGGAGGCUACCAGUGAGUAUUUUUUUCACGUUUAUUGUUUCAUUUUACGGACAUCCGAUUUGGGAUUUUCUUUGUCAGCAUGUUGUUCUCUUAUUGGUGUCUUGACACCCCCCGAGGCCCCGGUUUUAAUUACUACAAGGCCAAUCAAUUUACUUUUCUAUUUCCCUUUUUUUUAUUUUUUUAUUUACAGGAACCCUUAAAGCUUGUUGCACUGUUCCUUCUCUUCUGAAGUGGGCUUCAUUUCCCAAAAGGCUAAAUAGAUAAUUAGAAAGCUAGACACACUGGGGAAAAAAAGAGAAGAAGAGAUACAAGAUUUUAUUCUAAAAUGUGCUUGUUUUUGGCUUUUUAUUCCAGGCAAGUAAAGAGAGUCCUAUUUGUCCCUUAUGCUCUCCAUGGCAGAGAUGAUUAUGCUAAAAUUGCAAGACAGAAGUUUGAAAGUCUGGGUAGGUGUAAUAUGUAUAAUUACAGGAGCUAUUCUGAAUAUCGAUGUUAAUAUAUCUUACAUCUUACAAAUUUGGCAGGCAGCCGCCCUGAGGGGUGGAAUUUCAUCCAUUCCCUUUCUGUUGUUGCCCCUGGUAUAUAUUCAGGACUUUCCCUCUGGGAUGCAUACCAAGGCAUUUUCAGAUUUAAUCCACCAUUCAUUACCAAGAAUAUGCCAUGUGGGAUCCUCCUUGGUGUGUAAAACGAUUACCACACUGUCGGAGGGAGGAAAUGCCCCCAUCUUGCAGUCCUUCCACUACAGGUAAAGGUUACAUUAAAUGCUCUUCUACAGAAACCUUCCGUAUUCAGGGCCCUAAUUUCCUUUUGAUCCACCUGCAUGGAAUCUGGCCCACUAGCACAUUAGGUAUCAUAUCUUUAUUCAGUACUCCAUUCCAAAACCCCAACAGUGACGCCACUGCUCAUGGGUAAAUGGGAGACAUUUUCUGGAAAACCUAAACUGAGACCAAUGGUAAAAAAUACAGCACUGCUCACUUUCCAGUAGGGCUCAUGAGACGGCAUCUAAACUCUUUUCCUGCUGGUACCAAACUCCCAGGUACCUACAGAUAUUAGAUCCCACCCAUACUGGGUUAUGUUGGUGUUGCACACACAAUAUGGGGACACUGAUUCACCUAUGGUGGGGCUAUAUGUUGGUUCAGACAUACUGCAGAGCGAUACUUUCCGUGCUAAAGAUAGUUUUAGACUCUCCGCCUUACUUUAAAAAAACACUAUAGUCACCAAAUCAACUUUAGCUUAAUGAAGUAGUUUUGGUGUAUAGAUCAUGCCUCUAAAGUUACACCGCUCAAUUCACUGCCAUUUAGGAGUUAAAUCACUUUGUUUAUGCAGCCCUAGUCACACCUACCUGAAUGUGACUUGCACAGCCUGCGUGCCAAACAGCUGGUUUCACCUUCAAACUGAUGUAACUUAUCUUAAAAGAUUUUAUUUCCUGCUCUGUAAAUUUAACUUUAUAUUACAUAUAGGUAUAUCCUGCAGGGUCUAGGAGGCUAUUAACAGAGCAGAAGAUAAGAAAAUCUAAAUUAAACAGAAUUUGCAAUAAAGGAAGUGUAAACAUUAGAUUACUAUUUACAGGAAGUGUUUAGGAAGGCUGUGAAAGUCACACGCCGGGAGGUGUAAGUAGGGUGGCAUAUGCAAAGUGAUUUAACUCCUAAAUGGCAGAGAACUGAGCAGUGAGACUAGUCCCUCUAGUAGCUGUCUGGUAGACAGCCACUAGAGAUAGUGUUAACCUUCAAAUGUAAUUUAUUGCAUUUUAUUAAAAACUGCAAUAAUUAGCUUUGCAGGUGUUAAAGGACCACUCUAGGCACCCAGACCACUUCAGCUUUAUGAAGUGGUCUUGGUGCCAGGUACCUCUAGGAUUAACCCUUUUUUUUUAUAAACAUAGCAGUUUCAGAGAAACUGCCAUGUUUAUACUGAGGGUUAAUCCAGCCUCUAGUGGCUGUCUCAUUGAUAGCCGCUAGAGGCGCUUGCGUGCUUCUCACUGUGAAAAUCACAGUGAGAGCACGCAAGCGUCCAUAGGAAAGCAUUGUAAAUGCUUUCCUUUGCGACCGGCUGAAUGCGCGCGCGGCUCCUGCCGCGCAUGCGCAUUCAGCCGAUGACGUCGCGAGCGAGGAGGAGUACAGCUCCCCGCCCGGCGCUGUAGAAAGGUAAGUGUUUAACCCCUUCCUCUCUCCAGAGCCCGGCGGGAGGGGGUUCCUGAGGGUGGGGGCACCCUCAGGGCACUAUAGUGCCAGGAAAACGAGUAUGUUUUCCUGGCACUAUAGUGGUCCUUUAAGGGACCUUGGACAUUUCACCCAGACCACUUCAAUUAGCUGAAGUGGUCUAGGAGCCUUUAGCGUCCCUUUAAUAGUAAUAAAAAUGAGUAAGAUAAACAAAUAAAGAAUGGGGAGAGGAGAAAAAAAGGAAAGGAUAAAAUCAUUAUAGCAGGAAGGCUGCGUAUUCACCAGACUACAGUAAACACACAUGUUGUAUUUGACCAUAAAGUGUAAACAUGGCAACCAUAUUAAAUUGAUAAUGACAGUGCGAGCAAUGAGUUGAAAUAAUGUAUUUCACGAUUGAUAACUGCCUAGUGACAAAUUUACUGUAAUGGCCCUCAGAAGCAAUAUUAUUAUUUUUAUUUUUUUUAAUAAUUAAAGAGUGGAAUUGAUUCACUUAUUAAUAAGCUGUAUAAGAAUUUUUAAAGAAAUGAAUAAUAAAUAACGUUUCCUUUAUUGUUUCAGGUUAUGGCUUGGACAGCGUACAUGAGGCUGAAAAUCCGGUAGAAGCUGUCCAGAAUUGCCAAGCCAUCUUUAUUGGUAAUUUUCUUGUAUAUUAAAUGUGCUUUAAACAGGAGGCAGUGUACUGGCUAAUAUUUGAAUGGGCACUAUAAGCACUGUAGGCACUGCAUCUUGAUUUUGCAGUUAUUUGUUGUUAUUCUGUGGGUGCCAUUAAUUUACUUUCCUGGCCAUAUCCAUGGCAGCACAACAAUGGGUAGCUCCUCCCUAUCCCUAACAAGACAGGAACCUAAUUAAAACAGAAGGUAUAAGUAACCCCUCCUACCCCUCCCACCCUCAGUCUUUUUGUUCCUGUCCUGUCCCUAGGACAGACUUAGUCAUUCUAAGACUAGAGAAUUUUUUUCUUUUUGGCUUACCUGAGGGUUGUUACCUUUUCCCUCAAGGAAGUUCAGCCUCUCUCCCUUGGGCAGUCUCCAGUACACAGCCCUGUGCAAAGGUGACCCCCUGGAGAGACCCCUUUAGUGACCGGGGGUUCUAACUUGCUGUGACCCUAGGGGUAGCAAGAUCAUGCCAUCACCAUGAUUCCUGCAGUGACCAAGAGGUAUUAGGCCGGACAUGCACAUACAAAGGACAUGGAUUGCAAGGAUUAAUAUGACAUUGACUAACAUUCCAUCCCUGAAGGAGUUAAUGUGAGACAGACUAACAUUCCAUCGCUGAAAGGGUUAAAGUACAACUCACUAUCUUGUACUUUCCCAUGGAUUUACUUGCUGUGAACCUAGGGUAGCAAGAUUUUGCCAUCAGCCUAUUUCCUGCAGUGACCAAGGAGUAGAAGGCUGGGCAGGCACAUACAGAGCAUAUAUAUGGAUGUAACCCUUUCUACCCUUCAUCGGUUUCAUCUAAACGGUAAUGUAACAGUGUAAGCAUGCAGAAGCAAAACAAAGAGAGAUGGACACAGGUAUUCAGGAAGUAAGAGUCCUUUAUUCACAUUACCGAUCGGGUCUCAGAUGAACUCCUGUUCCAAAAUUCUGAGAGACCAACACAUGGUGUACAUUCCUUAUAUAGCACUAUAACUCCUCCCAUCAAUAGCUACACCCACAUAUACCUUUAACCAAUCAAUGAGCAGAAUAUAGACUUGUACAUCUAGUCAAACCACAUGGCCCAUCCAAGACAAAGGAAAUAAGUGCAAUUUCAGUUCCUGCAUUCCUGCACAUGCUCAGUACAUUGAUGACAGUAUCCUAGCUAUGUGUAGCUAACUAACUGACACAACAUACACAUAUGCCACAUGGACAUCUUGGCCUACUAAAUUUACAUUCACCGAAAUUCCACCACAUUCCCCGCUUUGAUGCCUCUGGUACAAAUUAUUCCAGAUGCAUCACCAAUCACAGUUUUACCUACAUCUCUCAAGUUGCCAUUGAACCAGAGUAGACCUUGUAAGCAUCUUAAAAACUCCUUCAACAUUCCUCAUCCUCAAUAUAUUCUCUUUGGGCUAGGGGAUCAUAUCUAUAGACAGCCAUUACAUGAGCCACUGUCUUUCUCUCUAUAGUACUCUCUAUAAUACUACGUAGGGACCUUACCACUAAUGGAAUUAGACAGGGCAGAAAAUAAGAAUAUGAUAAACACUAUUCCUCCUACUAACACCUUAAUUCCUCCAAGCUGCUCAUACCAGCUUCCAAACCAACUAUUAGGAUUAUACCCAUUCCAGACCUGAGUCGGUACAUGCGCAAGUUUAACCAUGUGACUAGUAAAUUCAGCCACUGACUGACCUUCAUCAUCUAUAUGCAAACAACAGUUGCUAAGAUUAAACUUUCCGCAUACACCUCCUUCCACUGCUAAUAGAUAAUAUAAAGCUAAUCUAUUUUGAUAGAUGGCUGAUCUCAUCCUGGUAUUUUGCUUAGCUAGAAGAUUAAGCGCUUGAGCUGUCUCAUUAGUAAUAAUCUCAACCACUGCCUGUAGUCCAAUAAUCCGGUUGAGCAUAUAUAUCGGAGUUCUAUAUCCAUAAGUGCCAUCUUCUGCCCAAGUAUCAGGUCCAUAAUAAUUAAUAAUACAUUGAGGGGGCCACUCAUCAUCUUCCCAACUACCUAUAUUCAAGGAUGCUCUCUUCCUUUUAUAAUUUACAUCGUAAACCUUAACUCCCAAGGUCUCUCCUGUCUCAAUUGGCAACAAGAAGAAGGAUGGCUUGAGCAUACCUAAUACACAUGCCCCUUCCCAAUCUUGUGGUAACUCCGAAUAAGCUUUCCUACCACAGAUCCAGUAUAAAUUUGCUGGGGAUUUCCAACUAGAUUUAGCAGAUAAGUCAAACCAUACCUCCUUUAAAUGAGUGUAAUUGGCAAACGGAUUAGUAGGCUUCGAGACAUUUGAAGCUGACCACCAAGUAGUAUUUUUAAUAUUAACAUUAUAGGCUUUUUGUCCCAAGCAAGUUAGCUCACCUACAAACGUGUUAUACAUUGUCCCUUUCCUGGCUAUACAAACAUGACCUAUAAUGGAGGUUUUUAACCGCCAUUCAGAUUUACUUCUAGUACUUACUUGAUGAUCAGACUGAAAAUGUUGUUCAUAUGUCUCAGAGCCAGGGUACCAUAUUUCCUUUGCCUCCCAUGGCCACUGGUCUCCCAUAUUAGUACCUCCACACACAUAGCAAUUAGUUACAAUAAGACUACCCGCAAUACUCUCAGCCAAAUCUAUAAAUAGGUUCUUAACAUUAUGGGGAAUUUUAUCCUCAACACUCCUCUCCUCAUAAAAGGAAUGGAAAACCUGAUGAGUUUGAGUUGCCACUGUCUCAGUUUCAAGACCUACAUAUAUUAUUGUUCCUGGAUCUACUCCUGUGCCAUGUAUUUGGAACCCAAAAAUAUUUCCAAAUUUAUCAAUAAAAUGCUGGGGAUUAGAGAUGGUCAUAUGGACCGGAUUACAUUCCAUAGAUUUACAGUAUGGUGUGGUAGGCAACCUUUGGAUAAUCAUAUCUUGAUCCACUGUUUUUCCCCAGGUUGCCCACCCUACACAAGACCAAUAGGGACAAAAAUUAUAAUCUCUAUUUGGGCAAUCAGGAUCAGUAGAUCUUUCACUGGGACAUAAGUAUUUAUCAUUAAACCCAUAAGUUCGUUCCCAUUUAAGAUUACCACAUACAUUCCAAGGUUUUCUACUACCAGAAAUCGCCUUAAAUGCAUCAAAUAGCAGAACACCCGUAGAAUGUAUGGUAUUGAUCACAGUCCUAUUUAUCAAAGUUCCCUGGGAAUUACUAUUCCUAAUUACCAACCAAAUUGUAUGGGGUUGGAAUUGGGGAUCGAAACAUUUAGACUCUCCUGAUAUUGGCUUGCACACACUAUAAUCAAUAUCCAAAUAUCUACAUUUAGAUACAGAUCCCUUACAUUCAUACUGUGAGUGCCAGAUGAGAGUUUGGGAUAUUUGGUUACCUGUUUUAGUAGUCUUAAUGCAACUAUCGCAAUUCGGUAUGUCUGUACUCCUACCUUCCUGAAAAAUCAUAAAAAUACUAAGACACAUACUAAAACACAUUAUUCCUGAAAUCCUAAUUUUUCUUCGACCGUGCGAUGGCCCCUCAGCUUCCCGAUUGUGAGGGCUGCAAGGAUGUUGUUCUUCUGAUCCUCACUUUCCUUCACAGAGAUCCCUUCGAGACACUCUGGCUAUGACACAUAGGCAGGUGGUCAGGCUUUAUUAUGGCCGUCAAAACACCUACUUUGCUGAUCUCUAUAGUUACUCUAGAUGUCCCAAUAUCUCCUCGUCACUCCGACUGAGUUGCACGCUUCAACCGGAUCUUGCAAGGAUUCUCAGGAUCUGGGAUAGCUUGCCAAGAGUCUGAUGCUGGGUUAACCCUAGAAUGAUGAAUCCACGGAGUCACCUCUGCCACCUUUACAGCUGUUUGGGUAGAUAAAAGAACAACAUAAGGACCCCUCCACUUUGGACCUAAUGGAACAAUAUUCCAUUCUUUUAUCCACACUUGAUCUCCUGGUUGAUAGGAAUGAACAGGUAGAUAUAUAUUCACAGGUAACCUAUCUUGCACCCAUUUCUGCACCUCCUCCAUAGUUUUACCCAACUCUACAACCUGCUGCCGAGUAAUUCCUUCACCCAACUGAUUUAAGUCCCCCCUUAGAUUACUUAGUAUGGGAGGUGGACGCCCAUACAUAAUUUCAAAGGGAGACAAACCCAUCCUUCUGGUAGGCGUACUACGUAUUCGCAACAGAGCUAUUGGCAAAAGGACAUUCCACUUGAGCUGAGUUUCCUGACACAUUUUAGCCAACUGGGUUUUUAUUGUUCUGUUCAUCCUUUCCACCUUUCCAGAACUCUGAGGUCUAUAGGCUGUAUGAAGUUUCCACUUGAUACCAAGCACAUGAGUUAGUUGUUGCAAACACUGAUGAAUAAAGGCUGGGCCAUUAUCUGAUCCUAUAAAACACGGAAGUCCAUAUCUGGGUAUAACUUCUCGCAACAGAAAUCGUACAACUUCUCCUGCCUUUUCUGUACGAGUUGGACAAGCUUCUACCCAGCCUGAGUAGGUGCACACAGCUACCAACAAAUAACGAUAUCCCCCAGAUUUAGGCAUCACAAUGUAAUCUAUUUGUAAAUCUGACAUUGGGAGUCCUCCCAUAUACUGAACUCCAGGGGGUUUGACAGGGCCUUGUCUUGCAUUAUUUUGGGCACACAAUACACAUCUCCAAACUAUGGCUUGAGUCAGACUAGAUAACCUUGGUAUAUAGAAAUGUUUCCUAAGAGAUUCUUCCAUACUAUCUCUUCCAGUAUGUGUACCAUUAUGAACAUUUUGAACAAUCUCUAUAGCCAGAGAUGUCGGAAUAACUAUUCUUCCAUCUUCUAACUGAUACCAGUUAUUCUCCAGAUAUUUCCCAGCUUCAGUCUUCAACCUCUCCAUCUCUUGGGUUGUAUGUAUUGGAGUCCAUUGAGACAGAGGUGCCGGUACAAGGGCUGCGACAUAUCCCACAUAUUCCUCUAAGCCAGAUUCAGCUACAUGUUUUGCUGCGUUGUCGGCCAUGCAAUUUCCUUUGAUGACAUCACUAUCACCCCUCAGAUGUGCUCUACAGUGUAUAAUACCGACUUUCUUCGGUUCCCAUACCGCCUCUAACAGUUGGAGUAUUUCAGCCGCAUCCUUGAUCUCUUUUCCUUCUGAAUUCAGCAAUCCCCUUUCUUUAUACAAUGCUCCAUGUGUAUGGGUGGUUAGAAAAGCAUACUUCGAAUCAGUGUAGAUAUUCACUCUCAGCCCUUCAGCUAAUUGCAAAGCCCUGGUUAAUGCAAUCAGUUCUGCCUUCUGUGCUGAUGUCCCUUUUGACAGUGGCCAUGCUUCUAUCACCUUAUCUAUAGUCGUUACCGCAUAUCCUGCAUAACGUACACCUUCCUUCACAUAACUACUACCAUCAGUAUAAUACUGUAUGUCUGGAUUCUGGAUGGGGAAAUCAUGAAGAUCAGGCCUGCUUGAAAACACUUCAUCCAUUAUCUCCAAACAAUCAUGUUGACUUUCAGUAGUCUGAGGCAAAAGGGUAGCUGGAUUCAAAUUGUUGACAGUUUUGAGGUGUACUCUUGGAUUUUCACACAACAUAGCCUGAUAUUUGGUCAUUCGACUGUUGCUAAACCAACGAUUUCCCUUAUAAUCCAAGAGGGUCUGUACUGCAUGAGGUACUCUCCUAUAGAGUUCCUGACCCAAGGUGAGCUUGUCAGCUUCUGCUACCAGUAAGGCAGCAGCAGCCACUGCUCGCAGACAAGGUGGAAGACCACUGGCCACUGCAUCCAACUGUUUGGACAUGUAAGCUACAGGUCUUUGCCAUGAUCCCAAGUAUUUAGUUAAUACUCCCACAGCCAUUCUUCUUUGCUCAUGUACGUACAGAUAGAAAGGACGUGUAUGAUCUGGUAGACCUAGGGCUGGUGCAUUCAUUAGUGCUUUCUUAACAUCUUCGAAUGCCUUCUGUUGUUCAGAGGUCCACAAAAAGGGGUCAUGUUCUGUUCCUUUCACAGCUUCGUAUAGAGGUUUCGCCAAUAUUGCAUAUUUAGGAAUCCAUUUCCUGCAGAAUCCUGCUGCUCCUAAGAAUUCUCGCACUUGUCUUCUAUUCUUAGGUAUAGAUAUCCGACACACUGCUUCUUUUCUUUCAGGUCCCAUCAUUCUUUGACCUUCGGAUAUAUGGAAUCCUAAAUAUUUAACUUGGCUGGCACAAUUGUGCUUUCUUCCUCGAUACCUUGUAUCCUGUUCUCCAUAGAAUAUGAAGCAAAUCAUAAGUGGCUUGUUGGCAUAUCUCUUUAGUAACAGCUGCUAUCAAUAGAUCAUCCACAUAUUGAAGUAGUACACAUUCUCCUGGGAUGACUUGAAAUCUUGCAAAUCCUGGCUUAAUGCGGAUCCAAAUAGGGUAGUUGAAUUCUUGAACCCUUGAGGUAGUCUGGUCCAGGUCAUCGGACGCUUUGAACCUGUAACAGCAUCUUCCCAUUGGAAAACAAAGAUAUGUUGACUCUCAGCAGCAAUUCGAAGACAAAAGAAAGCAUCCUUAAGAUCUAACACUGUGAAGUAGGUUGCCCCACCUGGUAUCAAGGCAAGCAGAUUGUAAGGAUUGGGUACAACUGGGUGUAUAUUAACUACUGCAUCAUUAACUGCUCUCAAAUUCUGUACAGGAAGAUACUCGUCCGAUCCUGGUUUUGGAACAGGUAAUAAUGGAGUGUUCCAGGAGGAAGUACAGAAUUUUAGGAUGCCAUACCUUACGAACUUAUCCAAGUAGGUUUGUAUGUUUUCCUUAGCCUUUUUUGGGGUAUGUGAUAUUGACGUAGGCUCACAAGAUAGGCCCCAAGCUUUAGUUCAAUAUGUAUGGGUGGGAUAUUACGAGCAAGUCCUGGUGGAUUAUUAUCUGCCCUUACUCCUGGAAUGUCAAAUAAGGAUUCAUCUCUCUUAGGGUUAACACUUGUCACUAUGGAAUAGAAGCGCCAUUAUGCCUGGUAAUCCCUUAAACUUCAGAGAUGUUGAUGCAUUAGGUAAAAAGGUUAUCUGGGCUUGAAGCUUCGAUAAUAGAUCUUGUCCUAGAAGUUGAAUCGGACACUCUGGCAUAUAUAGGAACUGAUGCUUCACCACAUGGCCUCCCAGAAUACAAGUGCGACUUUUAAGAACCGGUCUAGCUGUGCUUCUCCCAGUAGCUCCUAUCACAGUUAUAGUCUUCCCCGAAGGCAGAGCCACCAUCUUAGUCACCACAGAAUGUUCAGCACCUGUGUCGAUCAUGAAAGAACUUCUCUUUCCCCCUAUUGCUACAUCGACCAUAGGCUCCGCUUGACCAAGGGGGAUGGAGCCCGGUUGGUAUCAAUAGUCUUCCAUGACAGUGUCAGUCAGACCCACAAAAUCUCUAUCCUCUCUUUCUCUAGGUCUCUGCAUGGGUGGAUAGUAUCUGUCUCCUUGAACAUUUCCUCUACUAUUCCCACCAUUCCCUCUAAAACUUCCUCUUCCUCUAUAACUACCACUAUAACCUCCUCUUUCUCUCUCCUUGUCUAUCACCUUCAUACUGCUCUCUCUGUGGACACUCACUCUUCCAAUGUCCCUCCUUUCUACAAUACGCACAUUGAUUCCUACUUAAAGGUCCCUUGCUCAGCCUAUUCUCGUCUCCUCUAUUCACUUCCCUUCCCUGCCUUUCUACACUUGAGAUAGCUACCGCUAGCAUAUCUGCCUUUUUCCUCAUCUUCCACGUUCUUCCUCCCGCUUUACCUCCGUCUCCCUAUUCAUAUAUACUUUAUUUGCAAUCUCCAUUAGCUGUAAUAUGGACAUCCCUACAAAUCCCUCUAAUUUAUGUAAUUUCCUUUUAAUAUCACCCUGGGCCUGGCUGACAAAUGCUGAAUUAAUCAUCCUAGAAUUCUCAGGCGCCUCUGGAUUAAAAGCAGUAUACAACCUAUAUGACUCCAAUAAUCUCUCAUAAAAGGUACUAGGUGACUCAUCAACCUUUUGCAACACCUCAGCCGUCUUUGACAUAUUAAUUGCCUUCUUCCCUCCUGCCUUCAUGCCAGCAAUUAGGGCUUCCCGAUAAGCCCUUAGUUGGGGCAUGUCAGCACCAUUCACUUUCCAAUUUGGAUCGACAUUUGGAUAAUGGGCUGCAGCCCACGCAACUGGAUUGGCCUGAUUUUGAGUACGGGCCGUUUCCUCAAGCGCUUUAAUAGCUUGAUUAAUCCGGGUCCUUUCCUCACAAUUAAAUAAAGUUAAUAAUUGCUGGCAAUCGUCCCAGGUGGGAUUAUGUGUUUGGAUAAUAGAAGUAACCAAAUCUGUCAGAACUUGAGGUUUGUCAGUAUAUGAAGAGUUAUGAGUCUUCCAGUUAAAUAAAUCAGUCGUAAUGAAGGGGACAUAUACAAACACUGGAUCUGCCCGUUGUAUUUGGCCAUUCUCAUCCACGUGUGUUGGGCCUGGUGUCAGUCGGAGAGGCAUUUGGUAAUGUCAGGGUUGGAGGGCACCAGUUAAUAUGGGACUACGAUAUGAUGAUUUCAUAAUGAGUUCCGGUCUAGGGGUAGUAAGGCAAGGGGAGUGAGGCGGAUUAAUUUUACUGGGCGAAAGUUCGGUCAACAGGAUAUUACGGGCUGGGCUGGGAGAAGCCUGACCAGGAACCAGAAGUGACGUCUGUUCCGGAUAUAUGGAACUAGUAGAGGCCUGUACCGGAAGGGGAGGUUUCAGAGCUAGUGGGCUGGGCUCUGAACUAGAUGCAUGAGUGGGCAGGGACAAUGGAAAAGGGGGAGUAGCAACACCAGUAGCACCACCUCUAACCUUAAGUGUAAGGAGGUGGGGAGGGAAGGUCAGUUUCAGAGGGGGAAUCUAAAAUGGGCGGAGUUGCGGCCCUGAUGGAGAGGCGAGUCCUGGCCACCAUGAGGCGACAUUGCUCCUCGUGGCAUACCUUAACCCAUUUAGGCAAUUCUUCUACAAUCUGUUUCCAACAAUCAAUAUACGGAAACUGAUCAUAAAAUUCAGGCCUACUAGAUACAGCUGCGUGCACACGUACCAAAAUGAGAUCAAGGCUACCACGUGGUGGCCAUGCAGUCACCAGGAUAGGCCACUCUCUACUACAUAAGGUAGUCAAACGUUUUGGAGACAAUUUUACCCCAAAAUCACAGGCUUUAUAUCCCUUUGUAAAGUUUUUCAACAUGCACGACAAGGGAUUAACAAUCUUUGAGUCGGACGCACCCAUACUGGCAAUGGAACGUCUAUUACAAAGAUACACAAUACUUCAAACACUUCCAACAAUCACACUUGUUUCACUGGCAACAGUACCAUGUGGCACGGUUGCUAAGCCAAACAUACACACACAAUAACACGCAGAGAAUUCUCGUUCAUACAGUGAUAUCACAGCGUCCCACUCACAAAGAUCUACCAAACACUAGCUACUUACCUCUAUAACUAUAAAUCGUCUCUACAAUUAUCCGUACUAUAAAUCAACUUUUAACUAACCAACUAUAUCACAUUCUAGUAAUCUCAUCUUUACAGUCAGUGGUUAUGGUACAGUUAGUAAGUGGUUAUAAUACAGUUUUAAAGUCACAGAUCAGUUAGUAACAGUUAUGGUAUUAUACAUAUAACAUAAAACAGCAAUUGUUAGUAAUUUUUACACAAUGUCAGUGGUUAUGGUACAUGUCAGUAGUUAUGGUACCGAGCGCUAUAUUACAGUUAUACACACAAUUUACACACCCACUAGACGGCAAAGCUCUAACUUUCUAGUAGGACAUACAAGUUAACCAAUUCACCAACUACAAUAUAUUUAACAACAUUUACAAUAAUCCCAACUAUUCUAACUGGCCAGCACCUCGAGAGCUUUCGAUCUAUUUGUACACCAGAGAUUCGAUAAGUUCUUCGCUGCCCAGACACCACGUAUAGCGAACUAGAGGGCAGAAUUUACACCAAUACCCUUUUAGUCUAUUACACUAUCAAUAAUCUAGUGGCUGGAUUUACAACAGAGCACACUUAGUUAAGAUAGGGUGAAAUCUAGCAAACUAUAAUAUACAACAGAGUCUGCUUAAUUUCGCCGAUCUCCCCGACCUAGCAACCAAAAUUUACACCUAGCAUGCUAGUCAAGGCAGGACAUCGGCGUCUGUGUUUUAUUCCUAGGCCUUAUGGCUUUUAAUACUGCCACUGGAGUCACUUUUUUCUAGGCAUUUGUUAUGCCUUUUAAUAUAGCAGCUAGCUUUUUCCUAGGCCUCUGUUGGGCCUUUUAUUAUAACCGCUGGAUUCACUUAUUCCUAGGCCUCUGUUAAAUCUUUUAUUGCAGCUGCCUCAACUGAGUGUGGUGAGAUAGCUCAGUCGGCUAAUACUUCAUCAGCAGAAACUGUUUGUCAAUUGGGGCUCACCGGUUCAAUUCCCUGCAGGGCUGACUCAGUCCUUAAAGGACCACUAUAGUGCCAGGAAAACAUACUCGUUUUCCUGGCACUAUAGUGCCCUGAGGGUGCCCCCACCCUCAGGGACCCCCUCCCGCCCGGCUCUGGGGAAAGGGGUAAAACUUACCUUUUUCCAGCGCUGGGGGGCUCUCUCCUCCUCUCUCUCCUCCGUUACGCCCUGCCCGGCUGAAUGCGCACGAGCGGCAAGAGCUGCGCGCGCAUUCAGCCGGUCUCAUAGGAAAGCAUUUACAAUGCUUUCCUAUGGACGCUGGCGUGCUCUCACUGAUCACAGUGAGAAGCACGCAAGCGCCUCUAGUGGCUGUCAAUGAGACAGCCACUAGAGGAUUAGGGGGAAGGCUUAACCCAUUAAUAAACAUAGCAGUUUCUCUGAAACUGCUAUGUUUAUUAAAAAAUGGGUUAACCCUAGCUGGACCUGGCACCCAGACCACUUCAUUAAGCUGAAGUGGUCUGGGUGCCUAGAGUGGUCAUUUAAUGUAAAUAAAAUGUGUGCCAUUAAAUUGGGUAAUAGUAACAUCCCAAUGAUAUACUUAGAAACCAGAAAAUAUUUGAAUGUCUCUUUCCUGGUUCAAGACUUUGCAAUAAUAAUAAUAAUUGCAUAUUGCUUAUAGCUGGUCAAACAUUGCUUAAAGGACCACUAUAGUGCCAGGAAAACAUACUCGUUUUCCUGGCACUAUAGUGCCCUGAGGGUGCCCCCACCCUCAGGGACCCCCUCCCGCCCGGCUCUGGAAGGGGGAAAGGGGUAAAAACUUACCUUUUUCCAGCGCUGGGAGGAGAGCUCUCCUCCUCCUCUCCUCUCCGUUAGCCGGCUGAAUGCGCACGCGUAGCGGCAAGAGCUGCGCGCGCAUUCAGCCGGUCUCAUAGGAAAGCAUUUACAAUGCUUUCCUAUGGACGCUGGCGUGCUCUCACUGUGAAAUCACAGUGAGAAGCACGCAAGCGCCUCUAGUGGCUGUCAAUGAGACAGCCACUAGAGGAUUAGGGGGAAGGCUUAACCCAUUCAUAAUUAUAGCAGUUUCUCUGAAACUGCUAUAAUUAUGAAAAAAUGGGUUAACCCUAGAAGGACCUGGCACCCAGACCACUUCAUUAAGCUGAAGUGGUCUGGGUGCCUAGAGUGGUCCUUUAAGGACUGACAAGAAAAAGACAAGGGAGGUGUUAAUAUUGAAGUAGAUAUAUAAAGAAUGAUCUCAUGUUCUGUUGCACAUUCUGUUUCCUUUGUAGACAUUAAAUGACAAUGUUUUGUGCCUGCAGGUGGUGGUAACACGUUUCGACUUUUGAAAGCGUUAUACGAUAACAAUUUAAUUCCUGCCAUAAGGAAGAAAGUGCUUGAGGUAUUGUAUGUUCCUGGAAGGAUCGCAGAAUCCAUUAGCUCUUAUCAUCACUUGCCAUUAAUCAUAGGUGUUCAUUGCUGGUUGACGUGAUGUGCUUAUGUACCUUUUUUUUUUUUUCCUGCAAUUUUUCUCUGCACCCCAAUGACAAAAUGCAGGCAUUUAAUUAUGCAUUUUUUUACUUUGGACUAUCUUAAAAACUAGUCUGCCUCUUGUGUUUAGCUCCCCUGAGCUAAGCUAUGAGGAGAUUAAAGGACCAGUGGUCUCAUUGACAUGCGAUGGGGGGGAGGGUGUUACAAGGAUAAUUUCUAUUAAGAUCAGCACUUAUGUAAAAAGAGGACACACUCCAGCAAGGUUAAGUGCUUUACGUGUUUGGAGUGUUCAUUUAACCACAUGGUGAUCCCAGUUUAUUGAUUGAUGUUUCCUGUUUUAUAUGGAAAUAUCUUAUGUCUAUGUCAGAAUCCUGAUUCUUUUCCUUAUUGCAUUUGGUUAACAGAAAACGUUAAUAGCAAAAUUAUAAUAAAUUGUAUAUGGAUAAAACUCAUACAGGCUUCUUACAAUGCAUCUUGCCCUUACAGAUGUGCCUAUAGUAUAGUGUUAAACUAUUUUUUUUUUUUUUUGUUCAUUAAUUCCUAAUAAGGUUUCCUUCGGCGCAAAUUAUUCAGACAUUUUGUAAGGAUUGCAAGACAUGAGAAAGCAUAUAUUCACUGAUUGAUGUAUAUAUCUGUUCUCUGAAUAUUUAUGACAUGGAUUAAAGGGAAACUAUAGUACCAGGAAAACAAAAUUGUUUUCCUGGCACUAUAGCUCCCCUCUCCUGUUUAGUAGAUAUGCCCCAAAUGCAAACUUGCAUACAUUUAAUUAUGCAUUUUUUCAUUGGGUGUAAAUCUAAAAACAGCUUGCAAAACCUGAAGUUCUCUUGUCUGCUGUCUUUACAAACCCUCCCCUUUUAACCCUGCCAGACUUUCUAUGGCUGUCCAAUCACAGACUUACUUUCUAAUUAAGGUCAAAGACAAGUCCUUGCAAGGCAGGUGCUCUGAGUAACUGCUGCCUCUUGAGUUUAGCUCCACUGAGCUAACAAAACCAGGGAGUAGCAUUCUAUGUUGUCAGUUGGAAAGCCAUUCUGAUGAAACCUGGACGUUUUGCAAAAUGAAAAAAAGACCGGACAUACUCUUCACACGUAAAGCUUUUCAGCAAACUAAAGUGCUUUAGGGUCUGGAUUGUCCCUUUAAUCAGCAAUUUUACUGCAAUUAGUUCUGCUUUAUCUCUUUUUUAUUUUUUUGCAUUAAACAAGAGGCAACAUUUAAACUACAUUUAUUUGGCAAUAUUGUGUUUUGUUUAUUGAAAUAUUUUUAUUGUUAAAUCUAGCAUUAAGAAGUGGUGAAACCAACCAACCAUAAGCACUGCAGCUUAUUUCUACCUCUCCUUUCAGGAUGGGAUCCCAUACAUAGGUUCCAGUGCUGGCACCAAUGUGGCAACAAUAACCAUCAAUACCACCAAUGACAUGCCAAUCGUGUACCCACCAUCUCUCCAUGCUCUUGGUUUGGUGCCUUUCAAUAUUAAUCCUCACUAUCUAGAUCCAGACGCCAACAGCAAGCACAUGGGGGUAUGUAAUGUACAGAAUAGAGUGACCAAUUGGUUAAUUACACUGUAACAAACUGUAAUCCAUUGUUCAUUUAAACUUCUACAGACCAAAGAUAAAUUUCCUUUGAAUUAGAGUAUUUGGGAAUGUGCAAACAUAAAUGUUUAAUGGCAUAAGAAAGGAUGCAUAGAUGGAAGUAGGGUACGGAGAGAUAAAGGGAGAAAGAGAGACGGAGGUAUUAAAGCAAUUGUAAAGAAAAGACCAUAAAACUUACUAGACAACCUAGAAAGGAGUCAAGACGGGGGUGGGAGUGAGCAGACAUACACAGAAUGCAUGAACUACAGCAGACGCUAAAGGGGACGAGAGAAAGUGGAACCUUAAAGCAUUAAUAAGAGAGAGUACUUAUAUCAUAGGGGAAUUAUGGUAUUCCUUUUCUUAACGUUAUUUUUGUAUAUUUAUACAUCUAUUUUCAAUAACAGGCUUUCUAUGUGGUGUAUAUAAUAAGUUUCUGUAUUUUUAAAGACUUGACCAAAGCCUCAAAUGCUGCUUCUGUCCUGUUUGGAAAAUAUAGUCUCAGACCGCCUGCCAUAUUGGUCUCCGUGGUGAUUUAAUCUAUUAGAAUUAUGGAGUGAAAUGUCUCAAGAAUUGUUUAAAUAGACAUACCACUAACUAAAUAUUCUUUAUAAUUUAGCAUUCGCAGAGAAAUAAUACCAGCAUUGUUAAUAUUACAAUAAUUCUGCCUAUUUAAGAGAGUGAUUGUUUUCACCAACUCUCAUGGGAUCUGUCUUUACAGGAGACACGGGAACAGAGGAUAACACAAUACCACGAAGAGCAGGAUACGCCACCUGUACUAGUAAGAAUUUAAUGACUAUGAAUACACUGUUUUGUUUCUGGGAUUUAAAAUAUUCCAGUGGAGAAUGAUCUGAUCUUUUAUAUUAAUCUAAAUUAAUUGUGCUAUUUGUAGAGGUUGGUGUAGGUAAGUGGCAAGGUAAAGCGUUGCCCGAGAUUACUCUCCUGGAUGCAGCUCUUUCAACUGCAGCUAUAAUUUCUUAUAGGAGAGAGCAGGCAGAUUGUAGAUUAGGAGGCAUUCUGUUGCUUGUGGCGACCCAUGCAUUAUUCCCAUGGGAAUAAGUGGAUGGAUGAUGUUACAGUUCAUGCACAGCAGGAUUCCACAACAUCUGCCUAUUGAAACAAUAUUCUAUAGUUGCAUAGGUCUGGUGAGAUUGUGAACUUUAUCCACGGGUACAAUAUUGCUGUGUAUGUUGCCAUUUGGUGUAGGGGCAGGCAACCUUCGCCACUCCACUCUAUCUGCAGAUGUUUCAAGAGGGCAAAUGUGCCUGUGGCAUCCCUUCUUUCUGCUGCUGUUUUGUGGAACACUGCCAUGGCGUAGUCCAGCAUUUUGCAUGAAAUGACAACACUUAUGAGUUUAUUGGAAAUCAAGCAGAAUGAGAUAGGACAACAGUGACCAUGACAUGGUUCUAAAUUGUGGAUUUUUCUUAUACUUUGAUAUACCCAAGUGCCCCCUUGAAGUCAUGCAACCUUGUGAGAAAAUGCAGCCUCACACUAAUCUGGAAUUAGCACUCACUUUCAGACCCAAUGGGACAAUGUGAUCUCCUUGUCUCCAUGUAAGGAGGUAAUGGAAAUAUCACGGUUACUAGUACUCUGGGGAAUCAUACGCUCCAUAAUUGGUUUAUUCUAACAAAUAUACCCUCAUAUGUAAAAGAACUUGGACAGAGAACUCCAUUAAUGUGACUGGGGAUGCAUCAGCAUCAUGAUGUGGUGAUGUGGUUUUAUUAACCUUUGUUUACGUUCCAGGCAAUACGGGAGGGAUGUUUACUGUUAGUGGAGGGAGACAAAGCGACCCUACUUGGCGUUACAGGAGCCCGUCUCUUCCAAAGGUAAUGUUUUCUCACAGUGUUUUCUUCAUACUGCAUCCUUUGCCAUUAUGUAUGGUGUAGAUGUGGGUGUCUGUAUAUGUAUACAUACAUUUCCUGUUAAACUUGAGGAAAAGUGAAAAGAUUAAAAUGGGAAGUGUGAGGACUGUAUGUGUUCCCUGUAAUAUGGUUAAAUGCAGAUCUUGUAGUUUUUCCACUCUGUAUUUUAUCUUUGUUAUAUUAAAGGGACCCUGUAGGUACUUUAACAACUUCAUUUUAUUGAAGUUGUUAUAGUGCCUGCAGUCCCCCCCCCCCCAAUGAUUAUCUAUGACAGCAUCUGGUCAAGGUCCCCUAUGAGGAACAUUGGAUUGGCCCAUCAUCCUGGAGGCAAAUUGAGGAGGUGGUCGCUGCAGCAAUGAGGGAGACUCGGCGCUGUAGGAAAUUUUUUUUAUAACUGACAAGGGGUAUCAUGGCUGUAGCGUUUGGUCUACAUAUAUGUAUUUCCAACGCUACAGUGUUGGAAAUACAUAUAUGUAGACCAAACGCUACAGCCACAGUGUCUUUAACACACACACUCUGUAAUGGCCCUUAAAAGGACAAUGUAGGCACCCAGACCACAUCGACUCAUUGAAGUGGUCUGGGUGCACUGUCCCUAUUGUCCUGAGUUCUGCAAUGUAUACAUUGCAGCUCUAAGUCUGCCUCCAGUGGCUGUCUCCCCAACCUUUGGUACGAUAUUGGACGCUGGACGUCCUCACACUCUGCGUUGAUUUAAUGCAUUCCUAUGGGGAGGUCUAAUGUGUGUGCGGCAUUUGCGAUCGAUGCGGAAGGGAGGAGGAGCCACGACCAAGUACUGAGGGACAUCAGCGCUGGAAUAAGGUAAAUAAAGUAUGGUCAAUAAAACCCUUUUAUUAACCACUGCUGGGAGUGGGGGGAGGGAGGGAGGAGUACCUCCAGAAUAUCUCUAAGUAUGUCGUUAACCCCUUAAGGACCAAACUUCUCGAAUAAAAGGGAAUCAUGACAUGUCACACAUGUCAUGUGUCCUUAAGGGGUUAAAGAGUAUCUGGUCUCCUUAUUUUGUUGCAGACAAGUCACAUUUUAAGUGAAUAUUUGCCCUCAUGUUUUUUUAUUUUUGCACUACAAAAUAAUUUAAAAAAACAAAAACAUUGAGAGACUCAGACUAUUAUCUGCAUUUGAUAAUUGAAUGAUGGACCUUUUUAUAUAAUUAGGAAUGUAUUAAUUGUCUUUUUUUCCCUCUCUUCUUUAGAGGUAAAGCUACAUCAGAGCACGAUCCUGGACAUGAUUUCAGCUUUCUCCUGGCUCAUAGCUGAGAGGAGUCAUUGCUUCCGUAAAACUUGAAUGUUCUAAACAAUAAACACAUCACCUACAGACAGUCUGCGCUCCUCUCUGUUUUGCGUUUUAAACAAAUUCUUACUUGUUAGUGAAUCACUAUUAUUCUACUUGUCUAUUACUACUGUACACCAUAAAAAUAUUGUCUGGAGUUUGCUGAAGUCUUUUUUCAUCAUUCGGAAUUAGGAAGGAGGGAAAAUUAUAUAGAUUUACAAAUGUUAAUAUUUAUUAAAUACUAAUAAUUAUUUGACCAUAGCCUGGAUCCAUGACAGGGAUCCAUUUUAGUGAGAUAUUUGUUGUGCUGGUCUGGGUAUUAUAUUUUGUCUAAAAAAAUAAAAAAUAAAGUUGCAUUAA